AUGAAGAUUCUUGUCUUGUCACGAUUUGACAUCUUUCACCUCAUGUCGGCAGAAGCUCGCGAAAGCUUGCAACGUUUAUCCUUGGGAUACGCUCGUGAAUCUAUUCGAAGUCGUGCACUGAAAACAGUGGCGUGGGAGAAUUACAAAAAAGCUUUUAUUACCGGUGUUAUGACUGGAUACCAAAACAACAUAUUUGGGUCUGCUUCUGUACAGCCUGGCUCUCGUGGUUUCUCUAUGAUGACGAAAUCGCACUCAGCACCGCUAUUGACACGUGCCGACCCUUGCACUUUAAUUGAUUCAUGCUCCCUUUUGCUUAAACGUCAGAAAGGGAAAAUGAAAAUGCGUGCACCAAAAAUGGUGCGUUUAACGAAUAAGGUCUAUAAUGAUGCCCAGAAGGAUAACAUAAAAAAUGUCAAAAAUGCACUUGAAAGUCAAGCUGACUGCCGUUUCGAUCAAAGCAAUAAAAAAGGUGCAGUUGCGAGUACAAAUGAAUACUGUGGUGAUUUAAAUUUCUGUGACCAAGUUCGUGCAGAGAGAAACGAAUUUGCUGGGAGCGAUGCUAAGUUGAAAGACGCAGCUUCUUUUUCAUCGGCGACAGCCAUGUGGGAUCCCGUACAUGGCGUAAAUCAGCCUUUCGCCGUGCUAGGGUUUAUGAAAGAAACGAUUACUCGAUCUGCAUCCAGAGGGAUGUCUUUGCUAUUUUCUUCGAGCAACCCAUUUAAAAUGUCACAAUCUGCUGCAGACCAGCUUCGAAAGGCGGCUGCAGCUGUGGGCGCAGGAGGCCAAUCAGAGUACACUCGAUUUCGAGUGUUUGGCAAAGUUUGUUCUGUCGAUGAAGCCCUUGACUUCUUUGGACAAAUAUGCGCAGUGGAAACGAUACCAGAACUGGUAUAUGGUCGAGAUUGCAGUUGCUUUGCUAUUUACCGAAAGGACGAGAUGAUAAUGAAUCUGAGAAACCAAUUCAAUGUUAAAGGAGAAGAAAGAACCGCACAGUUCAGUGCCGCACACUUGCAACGUGUUACGAGCCAGCGCUUUGCGUGCAUGCGCGUCUCACUCCAAUCACCGCGACCAGCAAAUCUUGAGUCAAUAAUAAUGAAUGUGUAUCAGUGCUUCCCCACUCCACAAAGUGCUGUAAGAUUUGCUCGACAAGGUGCUCUUCCGACUCAGGGCGCGCUGAUUAUUGUGCCACUAUUUGAGUGGAUCACACUGGCAGAGCUGCAGCGCUUUGAUGCUCGCAACAACGAUCUAGCGCAAGAACUGGAGCUUGCAAUGUGUCGUGGCGGGCACAAAAAGCUAGAAAGAGGCCAUAAAAAUAAUGGUUGUAAUUCCUAUUCUAAAACGCGUAAUCAAUGA